CAUAGAGUUACUCCACCCCAAGCAGGCUCCGGUGUGACACUCUGAUAAAGGAAUGAUGAGCUGGGACUGUAGCUGCAGACAAGUGACACUCAGAAGCCAAAAGCUUCUGUAAGUACCAAGUCUGCACAAGAUCCAAACCAAAGCAAUGGCAUUGUCCCUGGAAGAAUUCAUCCACUCCCUUGACCUCAGGACCCUCCCCAGGGUCCUAGAAAUCCAGUCAGGCUUCUAUUUUGAAGGAUCUAUUUAUGAAAUGUUUGGAAAUGAAUGCUGUUUGUCAACAGGAGAAGUGAUUAAAAUUACUGACCUCAAAAUUAAGAAAAUCAUGGCUGAAAUUUGUGAGCACGUUGAAGGCUGUGUGUCUCCUCAAUCAUUUGAACUGCCUAUGAAUUUUCCAGGUCUUUUUAAGAUUGUGGCUGAUACAACUCCAUACCUCACUAUGGAAGAGAUUACAAAAGCCAACCAUAUUAGACCAAGUAGACUGAAUCAUCCUUGCUUCUAUCAUCAGAAGGAUAUAAAACUAGAGAAUCUCAUCAUAAAGAAAGGUGAGCGAAUCAUGCUCAACUCAGUGGAAGAGAUCAAUGGAGAAAUAAUGGUAAACUGUAGUGUGCUGAGGAAUCAUCAAAAUCACUCAUUUACUUUGCCUUUGUCACAAGAAGGAGAGUUCUAUGAGUGUGAAGAUGAACAUAUUUAUACCCUAAAGGAAAUUAUCCAAUGGAAGAUCCCCAAGAACAGAACACGAACUGUGAUACUUACAGGUUUUUCAGCUAAGUGGGACUCAACAAAUCCAUUCCCUAGAGGCUUUUAUGGCUCUGUGAUUCUCAAGCCUGUUUAUGAAAUUCAAGCUGUGAUGAAAUUCCGAAAGGAUAUAGUCCGUAUCCUCCCCAGUUUAGAUGUUGAAGUCAAAGACAUUACCGACAGCUAUGAUGCCAACUGGUUUCUUCAGGUGUUAUCUACACAAGAUCUUUAUGAAAUGACCAAUAAACAGUUCCCCAUAGUAGCUGAAGUCAUAGAAGCACCCCAAGGAAACCAGCUACCCAUAAGCAUUUUACAGCCUGGGAAAACCAUUGUGAUCCACAAAAAGUGCCAGGCAUCAAAGAUCUUGGCUUCAGAAAUUAGAAGCAAUUCCUCUAAAAGACACUUCUUGAUCCCCACUAGCUAUAAAGGCAAAUUCAAGCGGCGACCUCGAGAGUUCCCAACCGCCUAUGACCUCGAGAUAGCAAAGAGUGAAAAGGAGCCUCUGCACGUGGUGGCUACCAAAGCCUUUCAUUCCCCCUUUGAGGAGCUGUCCUCUGUCUCUGUCGGGGAUGAGUUUCUAGUGCAUCACUCACAGACAACUGAAGUCCUCUGUGAAGGAAUUAAAAAAGCGAUGGAUGGUCUGGCUUGUGAAAAAAUCCUCAGAAAUUCCCGUGAGGCAGCACUGCUCCCUUUGUACAUGGACGGAGGUUUUGUAGAGGUGAUCCACGAUAAGAAACUCUACCAGAUUUCCGAGCUUUGCGCACAGUUCCGCCUGCCCUUCAACGUGAAGGUGUCUGUGAGAGAUCUUUUUAUUGAAAAAGACAUUUUGGCUGCUACACCAGGACUACAGUUGGAGGAAUCUAUCACUAACUCUUAUCUCCUCAUAAGUGACUUUGCCAACCCCAAGAAGUGCUGGGAAAUUCCUGUUGGCCGCGUGAAUAUGACUGUUCAGUUAGUUAGUAAUUUUUCUGGGGAUACAGGAUCAUUUCUAGUCAGUACUCUGGUCGAAGAGAUCACUGAAGAACAGUAUUACCUGAUACGGAGAUAUGAAAGGUCCUUCUUGCACCCCCCACCUCGCCCUCCGAAACAUCCCUCAGUGGAAAAAAUAGAGUUAACUCCGCUAAGCCUACCAAAACAAAAGACAGUGGAUCUGCCCAAGUCUCCCAAGAGUGUCCACGUAGACAGAUCCAAGAAACUGUACUCAAAUCAAGCUGGUCUGGACUCAAAAGUACCAGCUGGUUGUCAAAAUGAUUUGGCUGAUCUGGAGAAAGAGAAGAGAAAGACUGAGACAACUGCAGUAACAGACGACUAGAAGAUUCGCUCUAAAUGGCUGAACACAUUGUGUAAUGAGAGUUUGCUCUGUUGCGCCUGGGAGCACAAGAAAUUCUGCCAAAGGAUCGGUGCUGUCAGUCCCAGCUCCUCUUCACUUAAGAAGCUGAUGAAAAUACCACAUCAGAUCUCAAGGGUGACCUUCCUCUCUGGAUCCUCGAUUCGCUCUGGCUGUUCGACAAGGCCCAUAUCUUAUUUAGGGAACAUCAUUAUUAAGUCUGCACAUUGUUUUGUCCAUAAAUUACCAAAAGAACAGUUCUCUGAAAGUAGGAUGAUUACGUAGUUAACUUUUGGAUUCUGAACCUAAGAUUAAACGUUAAACGUUGGCUACUGCAUUCACCAGCUGUGUACCACAAACAAUUUGCUAACAUCUCUAUCUCUUUAUUUGUAAAGUUGGGAUAAUAAUAGUGCUAUACUACAGGCUAUUUCAAUGACAACAUUAGAUAAAAUUGGUUAAAAUUAGUAUGUCUGCAUGCUAAGCUGCUUCAGUUGUAUCCGACUAUUUGCAAUGCUAUGGACAGUAGCUGGCCAGGCUCCUCUGUCCGUGGGAUUCUCCAGGCAAGAAUACUGGAGUGGAUUGCCAUACUCUCCUCCAGGGGAUCUUCCAAACCCAGGGACUGAACUCACAUCUCUUAAGUCUCUUGCAUUGGCAGGCAGGUUCUUUACCACUAGCACCACCUGAGGAGCCCCAAGUUAGUAUAGUACAUAAUACACUCCAGUUGAAUUAUGGCUAUUAUAAUUAGUGUCUGCAUAUUUAUGAGUUGACAGCUAAGGAAAAUUUUGCCUCCUGACUGUAUAUUUUGCAAAUUCCUGUCUCUGACCACUUGAUAUGUCUCUUAUAGUCUCCGAGUUUCUGUCCAUUGUAUUUCCCUUUGAGAACUCUAUCCUCUUGGGAAUUUCACGGCCUCUUUGAAUCUUAUGUACAUGAAAAGUGAUUAGAAAUCUUUUGGAGAUGUGUCAUGAAUCCUCUGAAUCUUUGAAGCAAUGCGAUCCUACAGAGACAUGGAAGCCUUGAGCCUCCCUAAAGGACCCCUCCGCCUCCUUACUUCUGCUGCAGUAGCUCAAGAAGAGCACAGUUUCCAUGGUUAAUCAGUGACAGCACUAUUUUUGAAGAGAUGACAUGUGUUAAGUGCAAGUGUUUGUUUUGAGCUACUUGUUUCACAUCCAGUUUCCAGGGUAGACUUGCAUAUGGAAAGUUUAUUGAGAAGUGCUUUGUGGAACAACACAUAAGUUGAGGAAUGAAAGCAGGUCUGGACAGACAGAGAAGUGAAAUCAUAAUAGAGUCACAAGAAAGACCUCAGCUAAUGGCACAGGGAACUGUGGAACUGGUGUGGCUCUUCUGAGUUGUCCUGUGUUAGGACAAGGGGGCCAGGUUUCAGGGCCCCCGCUUCAGUCCAUCAUUGGGUUCGGCUGCCUUUGGAAAGGGGACAUGACUGUGGGCAAGUGGCUUCCUUCAUCCCAGGGCAAAGUUGUUUGGUACCAGAGGAUUAUCAUUUAGUUGUGAGAAGGAUCUGAUUAUUGUGUAGGUCACACCUUAAUUGCAGAGAUUUCUUCUGGUGAUCUGACUGGCUAAACAGAAAGACGGUUUUCUUUUUUCCUUUUUAUAUAUUUGGUUUUACCCUACAUAAAUGUUCUCUAUUGAGUAAAUUUUAUACUCUUCUGAUCAACAUUCUCUAAUGAAAUUUUCUUGCUUUUGAAGCUCCAACUAUAUUCUAAUAACCCUACAUCUUUAUAUUAAACCGAAGCCAUGACUCACCCUCCAUUAGUUAGACUUGUUGAGUAGUGAGAAGAUCCCUGGGCCAGAAAACAAAAUGCAGGUAUGGUAAGGUCUAGGCCCAGCGCUGUACAUUAGCUGCACAGCCUUUCACAGGGCAUUCCAUUUUUCUGAAUUAUAUUUUCCUCAUCAAAAUAUGAGAUGCCCCAGGUAAUUUUGAUGUCCUUUCAGUUCUAAAAGCAUGUGAUUAGACGGUCUUUUCUGAUAUCAUAGAGUCAUGACACUAUGAUAAGUUAAGACUUACAUCUCUAAGUUAAGACUCUCUUAGAAACAAUUCACCACAUCUAGAAACAUACUUACAGUAAAUUAAACAGAUAAGAGGAAACAAGUUUCAUGGAAAAGCUUUUCAUUAAGGUCAUGGCAGAAGGUAGAAAGAAAGAAUGAAUUUAUAAGAAGAUAAACAAUUCUUUAUACUGAGCUUUAAUUCA